AUGCAGGCUUCAAGGACACGUAUUGGAAGACAAUUGCUCGCGGGGAGUAGGAGGAGGACGGCGAGAGAGCCGUAUAGGUGCUUUUCCUGCGCUGUCAGACAGGCUCAGCAACAUACGCCACCUCCACCUCCACCGCCGCCAAAAGCCCCGCGAGAUGCGCAAGGAACCACGCAUUUCGGCUUCGAAACCGUCGCCGAAGCAUUGAAGGAACAAAGAGUCGGCGCAGUGUUCUCCUCCGUCGCCUCCUCCUACGACUCGAUGAACGACUUCAUGUCCCUCGGCAUCCACCGGUUGUGGAAAGACCAUUUCGUGCGCAACCUCAAUCCCGGCCGGAACCCCCUCACCUCCCCAUCCUCUGCAGCUUCUGACAAGGGCUGGAAUAUCCUCGACAUCGCCGGCGGCACCGGCGACAUUGCAUUCCGCAUGCUGGACCACGCAUCGGCCAUGAAUCACGACGCACACACGCGCGUUACCGUCGCGGACAUCAAUCCAGACAUGUUGGCCGAGGGCAAGAAGCGCAGUCUGCACACGCCGUAUGCGCGCAGUCCGCGACUCAGGUUCGUCGAGGCGAAUGCGGAGAAAUUGGACAUGAUACCGGAUGCAAGUAUCGACCUAUAUACAGUAGCGUUCGGCAUCCGCAACUUCACGCACAAGGAAGCCGCGCUCAAGGAAGCGUUUCGCGUCCUGAAACCAGGCGGCGUCUUUGCGUGUCUCGAGUUCAGCAAAGUCAACAACCCGCUCUUCGACGCUGUGUAUCAGCGCUGGAGCUUCGGCGCGAUUCCGCUGAUUGGCCAGCUGGUGGCGGGCGAUCGCGAUAGCUAUCAGUAUCUGGUGGAGAGCAUUGCACGAUUUCCGAGCCAGGAGGAGUUUAGGGAUAUGAUUAAAGACGCAGGGUUUGAGGUGCCGGGGAAGGGCUGGGAGGAUUUGACGAAUGGGAUUGCGGCGAUACACAAGGGGGUGAAGCCGGCGUAGAACAUUGUGGGGAGUUGUGUAGUAUAUACUUAGAAUGUAUUUGUACGUCAGAUGCAGUGCCAUAGCAGGCAGUCUUCAAACGUCACAUACAAUCCCACACCCAGAAUGUAUGAAAGUUACAUAUAUAUUCAAA